UAACACAUGGGUCAAAGUUCGUAAAAGUCUCCUCCACUUCCUUUCCUAGCAGCGGAGGCCGUAGAUACAAUACCAGAAUGGGCAAAUUUAUGAAGCCUGGGAAGGUGGUGAUGGUCCUCGCUGGCCGUUACGCUGGCCGCAAAGCUGUCAUUGUUAAGAAUAUCGACGACGGCACAGCCGACCGGCCUUAUAGCCACGCACUGGUGGCUGGCAUCGACCGCUACCCUCGCAAGGUAACCGCCUCCAUGGGCAAAAAGAAGAUCGCCAAGAGGUCCAAAAUCAAGGCCUUCGUCAAAGUCUACAACUACAACCACCUCAUGCCCACAAGAUACUCUGUAGACAUCCCUUUGGACAAAACGGUGGUGAACAAAGAUGUCUUCAGGGAUCCCGCUCUCAAAAGCAAAGCCAGACGUGAGGCCAAGAUGAAGUUUGAAGAGAGGUACAAGACAGGCAAGAACAAGUGGUUCUUCCAGAAGCUCAGAUUCUAAAUUCACCUGAUUUAACUAAUAAACACAAAAAAAAGU